GUGCUGACAGAAGGUGACAGCAGCCUGCUUUACACUGAGUAGCCAAGAACUCAGUGGAGUACAGCGUUAGAUGUUCCAGAUCUCGUUGCAAUGUUUAUCUGUCCGGCCUGUCCCAAUAUUUACUGGAGGUCUCAAAUAAACACCCAGAUCAAUGGUAGUUAUUCAUUGUCAGGCUGAGAGAGAGUGCCCCAGCAUACAUACACAUGAGCACACAUUUACAAAGGAACAUAGGUAUCAAUACCGCAUAGCUGAUUACCCCCAAGGAAAGCCAUUAACCUUAGGCUGGAGUAGAAGGGUGAUUCAGAAGGACUUACAAGUUGAAAGAACUAUGAAUAAGCAGCAGUUUGCAAUCCUAGCCCUAUGCCUCACCAUGGUUGGAGCAGAGAUGCCUGUAAGUGAUGAUAAAGAUGGCAGUCCAGAUGUGAUACCUGAUAUAACCCUGGGACCUAUUUCCACAUUUCCUGUCCAGGAACUGGACUACCAAGUUCCAGAAAAUAAAGAACCCAAGAAAACGAUCCCACUCAUUCCGCUCUUCCCAGCCAAGAGUAAGAAGACAAAGGAUGCAGAGGAACUCAUUGAUAAAGAAAAGGUAUCGAAAGCUGAUCAUUCUACCACUGAUGCUCCUGAGGAUAUAAAUUUAUCAACCCCUCCAACCUCUGGAUUUUUCCUCCCAACAACCCCUAUUUUGGACGACUCACCAGAUGACAAUGUAGAACGGCCAGAAGGGCUGGAUAUCCAUGACAUCUAUAAUGAAUCUAUAGAGGGCCCAGCCACUGGUUUGCCAGAGGAACACACAGAGGGAGAGUGCCAGCUGGAAGCUACACUGGAAGACAUGCAGCUGACUGGGGAAGCUUUGAUGAAGUUUGGGCUUGAUCUGUACAAAAUCAUUAGGUUAGACACAACAAAACCCAAUAUAGUACUGUCACCACUGAGCAUUGCCUUAGGCCUUUCCCAGCUGGCAUUAGGUUCUGCCAAUGACACUGAGAAGUUGCUUAUGAAAUCCCUCCAUGUGGAAAAUGUGCCAUGCUACCACAAUAUCCUUCAGAAUAUCCGACAGGACUUCACCAAGGCAGCACUCAGCAUAGCUACUCGCAUUUACAUCACAAAAGGUUUUCAUGUAAAGCGCAAGUUUCUGAAACAAUCUACCCGAUUUUAUGGUUCCAGUCCUAUGACCCUGACAGGAAAUACUAAUGAUGAUCUGAAAAAUGUAAACCAAUGGGUUGAAAAAGAAACAAAGGGAAAAAUUAAAACAUUCAUGACUCAAAUUCCCAAAAACAUGCUCCUUCUUCUCAUCAAUGCAAUACAUUUUAAAGGACUGUGGAGACACAAGUUUGAUCCUCGGUUUACCACUCCUGGAAUGUUCUACCUUGAUGAUCACCAGUAUAUCACAGUGGAUAUGAUGAACUGCCCAAAGUACCCACUCAGCUGGUACACAGAUGAGGAGCUCAAGACACAGGUUGCCAGAUUUCCCUUCAAAGAAAAUGUGAGCCUUAUCAUUUUCCUACCAUUUUAUAGAACGCAAGACACUCCUCGCUUCAGCAGCCUCAACAUCACUGAAAUUUAUAACAAGUUGCCAAAAGAGACGCCAAUAUAUGUCAAGCUGCCCAAACUGAAUUUGGACUCAGACAUGGACCUCAACCAAGUUUUAAUUAAUCUAGGUUUAGGACAGCUGUUUGUCUCCCCUAAUCUACGAAAAAUCUCAGACAACCCACUCUUUGUAUCAAGCGUAAAGCACAGAGCUACCCUAGAGCUGAAAGAAGAAGGGGUUGAAGCCGCUGCUGCCACAUCAGUUGCUGCUUCCAGGUCGCUGACCACUUUCAAUGUUAACAAGCCUUUCUUCUUCGUCUUUAUGGAUGAUGUAGCAGGCAUCCCACUUUUCCUGGGAAGUGUCACAAAUCCAGCUCCUCAUGCAGAAACACAGAAGGAUAAGUUGAGCAGUAUAGAUCACAAGUCUCUUAAGGAUCAAGAGUACAAACCAAAGUAAAUAAAGAAAACAAACAACUCCUCUGGUUCCCAUUAAUGUCAUUGCUACCAGCAUAAACUACUGCAGUACUAUAAAAGCUUGUAAACAUCUUGUAAAUAUAGCUGUGAGAUCCAAAUGGCUUGAGUGUGUAACUGUAAGCAAAUAAUGGUCAAAAUCUUAUUUUGCAUAUAAACAGGGCAGCAAAAUUGAUGGACAAAACUCUUUCUGGUUAAGCAAUAAAGAAUAGCAUGGUGUAUAACAUGUUUGAUGUUACAGAAUAACACUGUAUAUGAUACAUUGAAGAGCUAAGGUAAUAGUCAAUGUCAUAUGUGCACAAGUCAUAGCAUUACCUUAUAGAAAUGCAUACCAAGAAUGCCUUAAUGUAAUUAUUAAAAUUGUCUAUUGAUUUUUAUUUUAAUAUAUCAGUAGUUUGGUUGUGCUGUAAUAACAUGUCAUCAUGUUAUCAUGUAUGGCCAGUCACUGAGCUUGGUAUAUAUUACCAGUUUAAAAUUAUUAGUAUGAGAAACGUGUACGCAUAUAAUAUAUAUUUUCUUUUAUACUUCUUUUUUUCCCUGUUUUUCUUACAAUUUUUUGCCCUGCAUGUCAGACAUUAUGGCUACUUGUAUCUUUAGGAAUACCUUCACAACAAACAGCAAUGCCACAUUGUGCCCAGCAGUUAUGAUUUACAAAGAUGCCGUCCUUCCCUGCGACACAGAUGCCACAAUAUUUCAGUGUACGCUGACCAAUUAUAACACUGUUUUUCAUGUGACCACUGCUCUGCAAACCAAUCAAAAAAUGUUUUUCAAAACUGCAUGUUAAUGUUAGCCAUAUGUAGCCUACAUCAUCUUAUAGUCACUGUUGUCAGAAGUAUGACAUCUGUGUCAUACUAGUAUGUCUACCCAGGUGCCAUUAAUUGGAUAGCACUUUAUUACGUAAGCAGCAAACCAUGUAUAUAACUAAAUCUAUAAGGGUGUGGGAGCAAGAAUGGCAGGCUAAAAACCAAAUCAUAUCAAUGAGGAAAUUGCCAUCAGAUCAUUUUAAGAUAUGACAAUCUACAAAAUAAUGCUAAACACUUAGAGUGGUACAGAGACAUGAAUAUUGUAUAUGUUUUUGUUUAUCAGUUUCUAUAUGCAAAUGCCCUUUACUUUGCUAUAAUAUGACUACUGGUGUCAUCUAUAAGGCUGAUUUUGACAGCAUAGUGUCCUGAAAACCAAGCUAUGAGUGAGUUAAAUAAAGUAAUCUGGGUUUGAUUCUCA